AUUCCUAUCAGCAGAACCACAAGCAGUUAGCACCCCGCAUUGUUUCUCUGUAGAUCACUAACAGGUUGUAGAGAGAGAGAGAGAGAGAGAGAGAGAGAGAGAGAGGAGGAGGAAGGAGGGAGAGAUGGGGAGGGAUCAGCAGGCAGGUGUAGGUGCAGGCGCGGCGGCGGCGCACCGGGAGAAGGUGAAGCUGUUCAUGGGGGUGCUGGCGCUGCAGUUCCUGCUCGCCGGCUUCCACAUCGUCAGCCGGGCGGCGCUCAACAUGGGCAUCAGCAAGCUCGUCUUCAUCGUCUACCGCAACGUCAUCUCCCUCGCCCUCCUCGCCCCCUUCGCCUACUUCCUCGAGAAGAAGGACCGGCCGCCGCUCACCUUCUCGCUGCUGGCGGAGUUCUUCGUGCUGGCGCUCAUCGGGAUCACGGCGAACCAGGGGUUCUACCUGCUGGGGCUGUACCACCUGUCGCCGACCUACGCGUCGGCGAUCCAGAACAUGGUGCCAGCCAUCACCUUCGUGCUGGCCACGGUCCUCCGGCUGGAGCAGGUGGACCUGGGCCGGCGGCACGGGGUGGCCAAGGUGGUGGGCACCGUGGUGAGCAUCGGCGGCGCCACGGUGAUCACGCUCUACAAGGGCCUGCCGCUCUUCAGCCACAACCUGCACGUGCAGGCCGUCCUCUCCUGGACCUCCGGCAGCCCCAUCUUCAACUGGACCCUGGGCUGCGUCUUCAUCCUCGGCCACUGCCUCUCCUGGUCCGGCUGGAUGGUGCUCCAGGUGCCGGUGCUCAAGCGGUACCCGGCGAGGCUGUCGGUCAUCUCGCUCACCUGCGUCUUCGGGCUGCUCCAGUUCCUCGUCAUCGCCGCCUUCACCGAGGAGGACCUCAGCCGGUGGAAGGUGCAGUCCGGCGGGGAGCUGUUCACCAUCCUCUACGCGGGGCUGGUGGCCUCCGGCGUGGCGUUCGCGCUGCAGAUCUGGUGCAUCGACCGCGGCGGCCCGCUCUUCACCGCCGUGUUCCAGCCCGUGCAGACCGUCGCCGUCGCCGUCAUGGCCGCCGUCAUCCUCGGCGACCAGCUCUACACCGGAGGGAUCAUCGGCGCGGUGCUGAUCGUCAUCGGGCUCUACUUCGUGCUGUGGGGCAAGAGCGAGGAGAAGAAGACGAGGAGCCAAGACCCGGAGAUGGCGAGGCACCUGCUCGGGGAAGACGGCGGCGCGGCGGACAAAGAUCAGCAAGUGAACACCACUGUGCUGGCGUGAAAGCUGCUGCUGGAUGUCCCUUGGAGAUGUGUGUACUGAUGUGGGUGUUCGUAUCUACUACGGAGUACCUUUUUAACUAGUGUUUCAAGCGUGCGACCAAGAAGAAGACCCGUACUAGUUGACGAUGUGAACUGCCAAACACACUCAGUCAUAUUUGGUACCUACUGUGUAUAGCCCCUUGUCUUCGAGUUGUGUGUGUGUCUAUAAAUACACUAUGCUCCCUAAUUUUGAA